UAAAGCAGUGUUGGUGUUUACGAGAUCGUGGACGUAUAUUCCUAGACGAGGGAGGUUCAAUACUGAUACAUUCGGCGUCCUUAUUCAUGAGGCAAUGUGUAGGUUGUGCCGACGUGAAUAUCGUUUCAAUCGCUUGCGCAAAUGGUCCAAUCACUUGACCAGGAGGAAUGCGAUCCUAGCGCUGAUAGCAUUGGCUGUUGUUGCGAUACUUACCCGCCUCUUUUAUCUUGAAAGUUAUCUAACUUACGCUGAAUCCAUACAAUGGACCGUUUUACCACGAGAAUUCACAAUCAAACGUCGGAUUCAUUAUAUACAAAGGCCGCACUAUAUCAGUUCUGAUAUUUUUGAAGGGUGUCAAUAUAGUUGCUAUUUCACUGAUAGCGAAACACUAGAUGAUGAAACCGACAACCUUAUCGUUGUGUGGAGAGAUAUGCCGGAAGACCCUCCGCCGAAACCAAGGAAUCAAAUAUGGGUCUUUCACAGCAUGGAACCGCCACCAAUUCACCCUAGGUCAUAUACCGCAUGGAGAGGACUUUUCAAUUGGACGAUUUCGUACAGGAGAGAUUCUGAUAUAUUUAGCCCGUACGGUGUUAUUGAUAAACGAGAAAAGUCCACCGGUGACGCAGUACUGCACGAAUUUGACCUCAAUUGGGAAGCAAAGGAGAAAGACAUCGUUUGGUUCGUUUCAAAUUGUAAAAGAAGUCACAGUAUGCGAAACGAAUAUGCGGCAAAGUUGAAUGAAACUAUUGGUGUCGAUAUUUUCGGACAGUGCGGCGACUUAAAGUGUGAUGAAAAGUGGCCUAUAUGUGUUCGAAAAUUACAAUCAAUUUAUAGAUAUUAUCUCUCGUUUGAAAACUCGUUGUGUCGAGAUUACAUUACCGAAAAGAGCUUUAAAAUAUUUGAGAGCCUAUUUGACGCUAUUCCAAUCAUCAGGAGCGGUGCAAAUUUAGAUCAGUAUCUACCUCCCGGAUCUUACCUCUCAACGAAAGAGUUCAAUUCUAUUGAAUAUCUUGGAAAUUUCUUGAAACUGAUGGCAAACACAAAACGAACACCUAGUACAUUUUUCAAUUGGCGGAAACAUUUCGUUGCUAAGGAUACAAUUGAUUCCAAUGAAACGUUUUGUGAAUUGUGUCGUCGGGGUCAUACAGACAAAAAGUACAAGAGAUUGUACGAUGACUUUCAGACGUGGUUUAGUGGAGGGGAAGACAACUCGUUCUGUUUGUCCGUCACUAAUAUUGAAGGGAUAUAGACAUUUACUCACUAAUACGUGCUCUUUGGUAACUCGUAUUUUACCAUGACCCUUUGAGGGCUCCAUACUUUCAAGCUAGCUUCAGAAAGUCACACAUAGAGAGAACUCGUUCCAGAUUGUUUGCUUGUAUAUCAGUAACAGUCUUUAGGGACGAAUUAAAUCAAUUCUGUUAUUAUAUGUUUCCAUUCAAACACACUUAAGACUUGCUUUACUGUUAACAUGGGUACUUAGAAUAUGUUCUUCCAAUAAUGUUUGCUAAUAAUCGACAUUAUUAUUUAGGUCCGCUUUUUAUACGACCGUCAAAUUUGACGGAAGUAUUAUGGUAUGGGGUUGGCCG